AUGGCUUGCCCGUCGUUUCAUUUCUGCACGCACCGCCUUGCUGGAAAAGCCAAAGCUAUACUUCCACAGGCCAAAUGGCAAAAGGCUGCCCUUGGCUUUGCUAUUGCGGCCUUUUCUACAUUGGUCAUGAACCUCACCUUCAUCAUCUGGGCUACCGUUUCACGCUCGGCGGAUAAGAAAGAUGGAAUUGGUAUUUUGCUACUCCCAGACACCUGUUCGGAGACGAAAGCUUCUAAUACUGGCAUCCACGUUGUCAUAAAUGUUCUGAGCACAGUUCUUUUAUCUGGCAGCAACUACUGCAUGCAGUGCCUUAUGGCGCCGACAAGGUCUGAGAUCAACAAAGCCCAUGCCAAACAAGAUUGGAUGGAUAUUGGGGUCCCUAGCAUCCGUAAUUUCUGGCGCAUCAGAUGGAAAAGAAGGGUCUCUUGGCUCCUUUUCAUGAUAUCUUCUCUUCCUCUUCAUUUAUUUUUUAACUCUACAAUAUUCGCAUCAACUUCGGUGAAUGCGUAUUGGGUAUUCAAAACAGACAGAAGGUUUCUGGCUACAGGUGAUGUAUCUCCAGCGCCUCCAGAAGCCAGGACAACACUAGCGGGCAUCUAUAGCGCCUAUAAUCAAGGUUUAAUGGAGAACCUUAGCUUUCCUGAGUGUAUCAGGGCGUAUAGGACUGAGUUUCAGUCUUCGCGAGGCAGCCUGAUCUUGAUUUCAGCGGACGAUGAACUUACAAAUUAUACUGCAAAAUUGGAAGAAAUGACAACAGAAGAAGACACGAUGUCUUCAGGCUCUGAAUGGGCCAGCUCGGAGAGAUUGGAUACGUUAGGGAUUAAUGAAACAACCAUCACAGAAUGCCACAGCCAAAGAACAGAGGGGCAUUGCAAGCUGUUGUACAGCAGGGUAUUUUGCUGGGUCGUCAUUACUUUCAACCUUUUCAAGGUUGUUUUAAUGCUGUCUGUUGCCUUUACCAACGGAGAAAGACCAUUGCUAUCUGUUGGAGACGCUAUUGCCUCUUUCAUGGAAGAACCUGAUGAGACCACGGAAAGGAUGUGUCUCAAGUCAAACCAGGACUUUAUCAAGAAUGACUGGACCAGGGAGCCGCGGCAAUUCGGAAAUGGAUUGCAAUACAAGGAUUUAGCCACUGGUACCAUUCGAUGGAACAUAUGUGUGCUUGGAUACUUCACCUCAAUCGUCGGUUGUGUGAUUCUGCUGCUGUGCAAGAUACCCACCGGCUUUACAGAUUUGAAACCAGCAGGAAUGGCUUCACCGCAAGCGGAGCUUAUUCUAAAGACCAGCUGGAUGGGCCAAGACUCUACGUCUCUCAUCCUCAACGUCAUCGUCGCCAACACAUUCCAACUUAUACAGACGCUCCUUUACUGCAAUUUCAAUACUAUCUGCACAAGCAUAUCUUUGGUAUCUGAGUGGGAUAGGUUCGGAAGUCACAGAAAAGGCCUUCGAGUCUCCGCGCAACCUCAGGGAGCCCAAAGACAAACCUACUUUUUGCAGCUUCCACUCAGAUACUCAAUCCCGGUGAUGAUCUUUUCGGGUCUUAUUCAUUGGCUCAUCUCGCAAAGCAUUUUCGUUGUCAGCAUGGACUUAUAUGGCCCUUCAUCAGAAAACGUCAUGGCCAUGGUCCCCUACCCGGAAAAAAGCUUUACAUCCUGUGGCUGGUCAGGCUUUGGAGUUAUGAUGGUUGCUUUUGCUGUCUUUAUCAUGAUCGUGUAUCUUAUAUUUGUCGGAUCGCGGCCUCUUAAAUUCGGCAAGAUACCUGUAGUGGGGAGUUGCAGUGCAGCAAUAGCUGCAGCUUGUCAUCCUGGGCUAGACGAACCCAAUGCCUGGGAGAAGCCACUCCAGUGGGGUGUUGUAGCGGUGUCAACUACGGAACCGGGGCAUUGUUCUUUCUCGGGCGGGCAAGUCGAUGACCCGCAGCAAGGCCUUCUAUACGCAUGA